GAGUAUUUUCUUCUUGAUUUGAUGCUAUGGGCUUUGUCAUUCAGAAAAAGGGGCAUGUACUAGCAGCAGAGAAAGGUAUCAAAUACCUCAAACACCCAGUAUGGAUUCUAGGAAUGGUAAUUCAGAUCUUGGCCAAUCCGUUCUUACUAGUUGCUCUUAACCUGUCAUCUCAAAGUGCUCUGUCAUUUAUUCCAGCUCUUGCCAUAAUUAACAUUGUCAUAUGGUCAAGAGUCAUUUUAGGAGUCAAGAUCACCAAGUACGACUGAUUUGCUCUCUCUUUCCUAAUCCCAGGGAUUGCGCUGAUAAUCACCUCUAGUCGAGUGAAGAAAAUUGACCUCCUUUCUUGGGAAGUUGGGAACUACCUUUUUUCGACCCAGACAAUAGUCUACGUCAUGAUUAUGCUCGCCCUCUUCAUAGGCUUUGGAGUACUUACCUAUACCAUACUUGUGAGUUUCAACAAGAUGAUUAAGGAGUUCAUCAAGGACACUGAAACUAGUGGUGAAGACGACCAAAACUCUCCUAAAAAGCCAGACAUACUUGAGCAGCAAAAUAUCAUGAUCCCUUUGAUUUUUCUUCCUUUCUUCGCAGGAUUUACAGCCACAUUCUCAAAUACGGUGGCUAAACUGAAUAUGAAUGUUUUUCAUGACGAUAUUUUGAAUCAUCAAGAUGGAGAUCCAAGGCUUGGAUGGCCAGAAACCAUAUCUUUAGUCUUGUUCAACAUCUUUUUAAUCUGGAGCAACCUCUUUUUACUCAGCAAGUGAAUCCAGUACUUUGAACCAAUUUAUAUAAUCCCUAUGAAGAAGGUGGCCUUGCUCACCAACAACAUUUUAUGAGGAGGCAUCAUCCUAGACGAAUUUAAAGAAUUUGACAGUUACAUGAUCACAGGAGUAAUCUGUGGUGCCUUUCUAUGCACCGUUGGGGUCUCCUUUUUCAUCCUCAAGAGGCUCAAACAUAUAAAAGCCUUAAAAGUACAAAACAUAAUGAGGCAAACAGAGCUAGUGGAGUCAUCUGAGAGGACGCCGACACCUGAUCUCAAACUUGACAAGUCAAAUAUUUAGUACUGGAAAGGUGCUUUUCACGGAUAAUUUUAGGAGUCACCAGCAGACCUCUCUGCUUAUGUCAUUAAUGUAAAAUUU